AGACCUUCUGCACCCGCUAAAUUAAAGCCGCACUUCUGGCUACCAGCUCAUAGAGACCUGACCUCCGUCUGAUUCGCCCGUUGAUGAUCAAUCGAUAGGUCAAUCAGUCGAUCGAUCGCCAUGCUCCUUCCGUCGUUCCACCGGGCAGCAGCCAGAGCGCCGCUUAAGGUGUGCAGGACGACAAUAUGGGCGCAGCAACAUAAGCGCUCCUCGUCUUCUUCAACCAGCACCUCUUCUUCUUCUGCCGCUACCUCAACCGUUCUGUCGGACAGGACAUCAUUCAAGAGCAUUGAAGAAUUGAACGGCCCGAGUUUUCCGACGUCGUUAUACUGGUUUUUCAUCAAAGGCUAUUUUGAUAAAGUGCACCAGAUGCAGAUUGAACACAAGAAGAUCUACGGCCCAAUCUGGAAAUCCAAGUAUGGCCCCCUUGUGGUGGUCAACGUGGCGUCAGCAGAACUGAUAGAACAAGUGAUCAGACAAGAAGGCAAAUACCCGAUCCGAACAGACAUGCCACACUGGAGGGGAUAUCGGGAACUGCGCAAGCAGGCAUACGGACCCCUGACUGAAAUGGGGCCUGAAUGGCAGCGGAUCCGGAGCAUCCUGAACCCCAAGAUGCUCAAGCCGAAGCACGUCUCCACUUUUUCUCCUGCCAUUAACCUCGUGGUGACGGACUUCAUCCAGAAGAUCGGCUGGCUGAGAGAAAAAGAGAACGGGCUUAUGGUCCGAGACAUGGCGAGCGAGCUUUACAAGUUUGCCUUUGAAGGUAUUUGCUAUGUUCUGUUUGAGACCAGGAUGGGCUGCCUAGAGAAAAACAUCCCGCAGGAGACGCAGCAGUUCAUUGACUCGGUGGGAGAAAUGUUCCGACUGUCCCCGAUACUCGUGCUCUUCCCCAAGUCUGUCUGGCCGUACCUUCCCUUCUGGAAGAGCUUUGUGGCGGUGUGGGAUCAUCUGUUCAAAGUCGCGAAAAGGCUGAUCGACACUAAGGUGGUGGAAAUUAAGGAGAAGAUGGAGAAAGGCGAGGAGGUGGAGGGUGAAUAUCUCACUCACCUUCUCAUUAGCCAGAAGAUGAGCGUCGACGAGAUCCUGGGAAGCAUCACCGAGCUGCUCUUGGCCGGGGUCGACACGACCUCCAAUACCAUUUCAUGGGCCCUGUACCAUAUGGCCCGGGAGCCAGCCAUUCAGGAGAAGCUUUGCGAUGAGGUCAACAGGGUGUGUCCCAAAGGUCAGAUACCGCAAGCCGAAGAUCUCGCCAAGAUGCCCUGGUUAAAGGCCAUUGUUAAAGAAACUCUGCGGUUGUAUCCCGUGGUGCCCGGAAACGCCCGGGUUGUUGCAGAAAAUGAAACAGUGGUUGGUGGUUACUAUUUUCCUAAAAAGACUCUGUUUCACCUCUGCCAUUACGCCGUGUCCUACGAAGAGGAGCACUUCCCUGAUCCCCAGGCCUUCCUGCCUGAGCGCUGGCUCCGGAGUGGAGACAAGAUGAAGCAGCACCCCUUCAGCUCCAUCCCCUUUGGCUUUGGCAUUCGUGCCUGUCUGGGCAAGAGAGUGGCAGAGCUGGAGAUGUACUGCCUGCUGUCCCGGCUGAUCAGGCACUUUGAGGUGAGGCCUGACCCUUCUGGACUCAGCGUGGAAGCAAAGACCAGGACGCUGUUGGUUCCCGGUACUCCCAUCAACCUGCAGUUCUUGGACCGCCAAUAGCCACGAGUGAGGCCGCCCCCCCCUCCUCCUUUCUUUUGAUUCCCAGCAGACAAAGCUGCAAAUGGAGGCCGGAGCACAGCAGCAAGUCAAUGAUGCAGCAGAGGGCCUCACAGCUGCUAAUCCAUCGAUUCAGGACUCGCAUUCUUUUUGUCGCUAGUGAUGUCACCCAGCUGUCAGUUUCUCCCACCAGCAGUGUGGUCAAGGCAGGUGCACUGCCAAGAUGGACACCCUUUUCAUCAGAUGGGUGGGCGGACAGCAUGAAUAUGCAGACUUCACACAGAGGACAUCCAGGUGGGGGCCCAAGCCUCCUCCAUGCAGUGGUCCCUUAGUCCCGCCAAGGUAGCUGGGAUACGAGGCAGUCAUGUGAUCAGUGGCCCCUUGGCGCCUCCCUGCUCGCGCUCAUUUCUCAUUGUGGUCAUCAUCAUGGCUGACCCUCACUCUCUUGGACCGCCCUGGUUUGAAGUUUCAGCCACUCAACGUAUUUCUCUUUCUGGCCGAGGCUCAUUGAUGUUCUGGUAACACAAUUAUGAAUGCGGACCCCCCUUCAAGUUUUGUCAUCUCCUGUUGUCAGCUCUCUAAUCCUCAAAGGGAAGCCUCAUUUUGGGGCACCGCCAACUUCACUUCAUAAGCACAUUCAAGACAAUCAGGAUGAGGGGCCCCCACAGGUCCUCGGGCCUCCAAGAGGUCACUUAGAUUGCUUUUACCAAGAAAAGACCCCACUGUGAAGAGUCUUACAGUGGCAGCCAUUCCUACCACAGGCAUUGAUUUUAACAAGGUGGUGGCCAUUGGGUGUAAAUGGAGGGGAGGUUGUGGGCUUGGUAAAAUGAAAGUGGAGCCCCAGUUUGGUGAAAGCACCAAAGAAGAUGUCUGUGUUAAGCCACGGAAUGCGGACAAGAGAGAACCUGAAGAGAGGGCACCACAUACAGCAGGCGGACAUACUGUAGGAGGACCCGCCUUCAAAUAAAAUGGGCCAAUGGAAGGGCGACGCUCCGUCUUUAGAAACCAAGUCGAGAAACCAAUUUUGUUGCAAUUUCAUGUUCUCUCCAAGUUAAUAAAUUUAUUUCGGUGGCAUUCUAA